AAAAAAAAAAAAAAAAAAAAAAAAAGAAAAGCACCCACCAACAUUCCCCCAAAGAAGUCCUGAGCUCCACCGAGCUCCGCCACAUCCUCUCCCGUCAACGGCAGCCGCGCCCCGAGCUCUACUGAGCUCCUCCAUGUCUCCGCCCGCCUCGUCUUUGUGCGACAUCGACGGCACCCCCACAUGUAGGCGCGACCCACCGAGCGCCCCCGAACUCCGCUUCGUUCUCCCUCAUCGUCGGCGGCCGCGAUGCUCGACUACCGAGCGCCCCCGAGCCUCCAUCAAGCCCCUCUUCGGCAAUCUCUGCGUCGCCAAAGCCGUCGCUCCAUCACCCGAGGCGUCAAGGCCGCCUACGCCGAUGACGCCCGCUCCAAAGCCGCCCGUGUCGCCCCAAGACGACCUCGACCCACGACGUCAAGUUCGUCGGCCCCUGCGCCCGAGGCCAUCGCUCUGAGACCGCCCGCGCCGAAGCCGCCCGCCUUGAGGCUGUCAACCCCGAGGCCACCAUGAUCCUCGCCGAGUUCGGUUGUGCACCACCGCUUCCUCUUCGCAGCCUGUUCCGAGAUCAUGACGCCAUCAUCUCUGGCCACAAAGAGACUCUGAGGCAAAACCACCACGUGUUCAACGAAAUGCCCGAAUGAAGCGGCGACCCCAUGAAGCCGUCGUGGUCCUCGCCGGACGCAGCCGCGUCUUCUGCUCCGGUGCCGACCUCACCGCCACCGAGAAUAUCUUUAAGAGCGACGCCAAAUACCCUGCCAUAGACCCCGCCGUGUCGUGCCCGCCUCCACCGAUCUGCCUGAAGCCGCGCCACCCGCGGCCGAUAUUUUCGAAGCCGCGCCACCCGCGGUCGAUCCGCCCGAAGCCGCGCCACCCGCGGCCAAUUCGCCGAUGCCUAUGCCGAGCCGCCGCCCAUGACUCUGCUCGUGAUCUCGGCCGAUCCGUCGACACCCGCGCGCCGUCGUCGACUUUGAUGGCUCGAACCCGAGGAGUUCCCUCUGAUGCCGCGUCACUCCACCUCGAAGGCCGCAGCCCCGUCGAUGCCACGUCGCUGUUGUGGCCUUUCACCGCUGCAGAGCGUCGCCGUCACGGCCCUCCUUCGUCGCGGUCUCAGAUCCGUGGCUCCACUGUCAGGUCACAGCCCCAGUGGAGCUCCGUCAUCAACAAAGCCGCCAGCUGCUCGACGGCGAUCCUGAGAGAGAGAGCGGUGCUCUCCUCUCAAACGGAUUCCGCACGCCAAGUGCCUGAUGUGCCCGGAGUCCGCCCACCAACCGCUCGACGGCGAACCUGAGAGAGAGAGCGGUGCUCUCCUCUCAAAUGGGUUCCGCCCGCCAAGUGCUCGAUGUGCCCGGAGUCUGCCCACCAACCGCUCCGACGACGAUCCUGAGAGAGAGAGCGGUGCUCUCCUCUCAAACGGAUUCCGCCCGCCAAGUGCUUGAUGGGUUCCGCCCGCCAAGUGCUCGAUGUGCCCGGAGUCCGCCCACCAACCGCUCCGACGACAAAUCCGAGAGAGAGCGCGGUGCUCUCCUCU